CCGUUUAGCUUUCAUCUUGCGCGGACGCCUUUUCUUUCGGUCCCUUUUCAGCCCAUUUCGAUCAUUUCAGCGGUUUUUUCCCCUACUUUCCCACUAUUUUCUCUAGCCCACAGGCACAAGGGGAAUAGGAGAAUUUGUAGGCGCGAUCAUGGCCAGCACGUCCAACUCAAGUGGGAGAAUCGCCACCAGGCGAACAACUGCCACUUCAAUCAAUUCGGCUUCUUCUUCAAAAAUAAAUAAUUCAAAAUUGGAAAGCAAAUCCAACAAAAUGAACACUGCAAAAGAAACCAAUAAAAAAAGUAUGACCAGCUCUGAAGCCACGCGCUCAGAAAUAACGGACAAAACAACAAAGAAGAAUAAAACGGAAAAGGCAAAAACACCAACAAUCACCAUGGAUGACGGAACUAGCAAAGAAAAUGUAAAUGGAUACUCUUACAACGAAAACCACAAGGGCCCUUACGCGGUAUAUCUUGAAAAAAAUUUAAAUGGAAAUAGCGGAGCCAUAAACUCCAUCGAGCUGGCGGCUUUUCUGUCGUCAAAAGAAAUAGAGGGCAUAGAGGAGAUUAGGAAGAUGGGGUACGGACGGUGCAAAGUCGUUUGCAACUCGGCGCAGGCCGCUAAUAACUUGGCUUACUGUGGCGAUUUACUUGCAGGCUGCUACGAGCCGAAGAUCCCUCGCCACCUAGUAAACACGGCUGGCAUUAUUUUCAAUAUCCCUUUAAACCUUUCAGAUUCCGACAUUUUAAAAAACAUUAAAUCUGACAUCACAAUAGACCAAGUCGAACGCAUUAUGAAAAAAUCUCGAAUUGACGGACAGCUUAUCCCGACUGGACGAGUAAAACUGUGGUUCAAUGGAGCAGAGAUUCCUAAAGAGAUAAAGCUUAUGUACUCUAGACUGUCUGUUCAGCCGUUCAUAUAUUUUUGCCAGUGUUUUUGCUGCUUCCGGUUUGGCCACCUGGCUAAACACUGCAAGAGCAAGGCCAGAUGUUUCAGGUGCGGACUUGCACAUGACAAGCAGGAUCCUUGCGGCCCAACCUCAUGCGUCAACUGCAAGGAGCAGCAUGUGGCGACUGACCCAAAUUGUCCGGCGAGGAUAAAAGAAUAUUCGAUAAAAAAAAUAAUGGCUUCCGAAAAUAUGUCUAGAAAGGAUGCAAAAACUAAAUUCCCCUCCAUUUUUCAGAAAGCUUCACCCCCUCCGCUCGAUGCGUUGAACUUCCCACAGCUUCCCAAGCAAAUAGGCAACCCUAGAUCAGCCAGAUCCUCAAAUUCUUCUCUUCAGAGUACGCCAGUUCAAUCCUUUUCAAAUCCUACACCACGACAUCACAUAGCAAAGUUUUACAUAACAAAAUCGCAGAUGCCUUCGCUGAGUGUGAAUUCACCAGCCUAG